AUGUCGCGUACUAAGACCAGCACUACGCGUUGCAAACUCUCGCUCAUAUAUUACCGGUGUGGUGACGUGUGUAGCGCUAACAGUGGCUGCCCGACGCACCCAAACAGCGGCCGCCCGACGCACCCAAACAGCGGCCGCCCGACGCACCCAAACAGCGGCCGCCCGACGCACCCAAACAGCGGCCGCCCGACGCACCCAAACAGCGGCCUGACGCAUCAAAACAGCGACCGACAUACCCAAACAGCGGCCGACGCACCCAAACAGCGGCCUGACGCACUUCCAAACAGCGGCCUGACGCACUCAAACAGCGGCCCGACGCACCAAACAGCGGCCCGACGCACUCAAACAGCGGCCCGAUCGCACCCAAACAGCGGCCCGACGCACUCAAACAGCGGCCUGACGCACUCCAAACAGCGACCUGACGUAUCAAAACAGCGCCGACGCAUCAAAUCAGCGGCCGACAUACCCAAACAGCGGCCCGACGUAUCAAAACAGCGGCCCGACGCAUCAAAAGCAGCGGCCGACGCACUCCAGAUGCAGCGGCCGACGACCCAAACAGCGACCGACGCACCAAACUGCGGCCGACGCAUCAAAACAGCGGCCGACUCGCCAAACUGCGGCGGAUUCACCAAAGAGCGGCCGACGCAUCAGAAUAGCGGCUGA